CGCCACGUAAGUCCUUACGCUGUAUAUUGGAUACCAAACUGCGCGGGUUUGGUAUACCUGCCUAUGGCCCAAAAAACUACAGGCGAUGGCAGAAAUAUACGGGCGUAACUUCUAGGUUACGCCGUAUAUAGGAUACCAAACCCGCACAGAUUUUGGCGUCGCCGGCUUUUGCGGGCGACGAUUUAUAUCGGAUCGAGCCCCAGAUAUAUGGUAAUCCAUGAUAAACAGCCAUUGGUUCAUAUCCACAGACCCAACAAUUAGAAACAUUGAGAUUCUGUCCAUAGGUCCCAAGAGCACUAAUAUAAACAUUUGAGUCCCUUAUUAAUAAAAUGUCCAAAAGUAUAUACAUCACAAGUCCUGUUUGUCCAUAGUCCAUCCUUAGAUAAAUUAAUUGUCUGUGAGUCUCUCCUUGCGGCAACAGAGAUGUAGAUUCAUUGUCCUUCUUUUUCACAGGUUUUUCUCCAAAAUGUCCAUUAAGAGCUAAUGAUGAUGUACAAUGUUUAAGUUCUUUAAAAACCUGUAUGAAAAGUGUACACGUAUGUGCAUAUGCAUUUUUCAAUGCCAUUGCAUUCAAUAUCUGUAAAACAGAAACAAGUGCGAGUUAAAGGGACAGUUUACCCAAAUUAAAAAUAUUUUUUAAUCAAAACUGCUGGCAUAGUUAAAUAUACUAGUGCUGAGCAUACAAUAAACAUCAUUUUAUUUCUCUGUAAAUAUUUUUUUGAAGUCUCUGAUUUUAGAUCAUAUUACCUAUACCCCUUUGAAUAUUUUUGGCCGUGCGGCCACUCUGGUCUCCCUGCCUUCAGUGCAUAGAGCAUGCUCCACCCCCUGGCUCCGUGUUAAACAGUGAGCAUUUUUUUUUAUUUUUAGUGCUGGUGCUUUUCUACCUAGAUCAUAAUGCAGCUGGAAUAAAAUGUUGUGUGAGCUUCAAUCAGCUGGAAAGCAUAAUGUUACUAUUUUACCCACUGCUAGUCUCGGGAAUCACGGGCUGUAAAAAAUUGAAGGUAUAUUUACAAACUGCAGUAAUCCUAAUCAUGACCAGAGUGCUGAUACUUCUUUUAAUCUUCUUCAAAAUAAGAGAAGCCACAUGGGAAACUUAUGUUCUGAAUCUGGAAAAUCUUUUACCUUGAAAUCAGCUCUUGGUAAUCGUGUGAAAAUUCAUACAGAAAAGAAAGUAUUUUCAUGUUCUGACUGUGGGAAAUUUUUUACUCGGAAAUCAAAUCUUAUUAAUCAUCAGAAAAUUCAUAUAGGAGAGAAAGCUUUUUCAUGUUCUGACUGCGGCAAAUGUUUUAUUCGGAAAUCAAAUCUUAUUAAUCAUCAGAAAAUUCAUAUAGGAGAGAAAGCUUUUUCAUGUUCUGACUGCGGCAAAUGUUUUAUUCGGAAAUCAAAUCUUAUAGAUCAUCAGAAAAUUCAUAUAGGAGAGAAAGCAUUUUCAUGUUCUGACUGUGGCAAAUGUUUUAAUGUGAAAUCAAAUCUCAUAAAGCAUCAGAAAAUUCAUACAGGAGAGAAAGCAUUUUCAUGUUCUGACUGUGGGAAAUGUUUUACUCGGAAAUCCCAUCUUAUUAAGCAUCAGAAAAUUCAUACAGGAGAGAAAGCAUUUUCAUGUUCUGACUGUGGGAAAUGUUUUAUUCAAAAAUCCCAUCUUAUUAGGCAUCAGAAAAUUCAUGGGGAGAAAGCAUUUUCAUGUUCUGACUGUGGGAAAUGUUUUACUCAGAAAUCAGAACUUAUUAGGCAUCAGAAACUUCAUACAGGAGAGAAAGCAUUUUCAUGUUCUGACUGUGGGAAGUGUUUUACUCGGAAAACAUAUCUUAUUAGACAUCAGAAAAUUCAUACAGAAGAGAAAGGGUUUUCAUGUUCUGAAUGUGGGAAGUGUUUUACUGAGAAAUCCCAUCUUAUUAGGCAUCAGAAAAUUCAUACAGGGGAGAAAGCAUUUUCAUGUUCUGACUGCGGGAAAUGUUUUACUCUGAAAUCACAUCUUAAUAGACAUAAAAAACUUCAUACAGGAGAGAAAGAAUUUUCAUGUUCUGACUGUGGGAAAUGUUUUACUCGGAAAUUAUAUCUUAUUACUCAUCUGAAAAUUCAUAUUAAAGGAAAUAUGUGAAAUCAGCACUUAAGAGUAUGACACAGUUGUCAUCUGCACAAUGACUAUAGUACUUAUAACUACAUGUCGUCCUCUGUGGUACCCACUUUUGGGACAGUUUGAGGCCCUUCUGUACCUCAAGCGCUUAUAAGAUGGCUCUGGGGAUUAGGUUUCCAUUGCCAAGUGAUCAUAUGGCACACAAAAAAAUGUGUUUUAUUUCAGUAAAGGUUCAUAUAAGGGGGGCCAUAUGUGUAGAUCAAAGUUAGAUAAAAAAAAAAUAUCAAAAGGCCCUUAUUUAUAUGUUGAUAAAAUCCAACUUUGAAAUGUAGGUACCGUUUGAGGACAUUAUAGUAAGCUGAUCACUGAGGUGACAAUAUUUCCCUAGCUGGAAUUUAAAUUGACCAGGUGUAUACGUUAACAUCGGAUAAAUAAAAUGCAUUGUUCUGAAAUAUAACAAAAAUUUAAAAAAUAUAUAUUUUGAUUUUCAAAUACUAAUUUUUAUUGGCAAACUCUAAAUUAUUCUCCAUUUCUUCUUAUUUUACAAUGGUUACCUAAUACAGUCACAUUGUAUUGUUUACAACUGUGUUUAUUAAAAUUGUAAUAAAAAUAUAAUUUUUUCA